CUGCAAUUUGCAAACCCCCCCCACUCUCCACCCCAGCUCGGGUAUUGGCCAAUGGGGCCUUCGCUCAGCAGCGAGAACCCCGCCCCCUCGCCCUGCAGGAGCAUAGGGACCAGCCAGCUUGGCUUUGCAAACACCCCCCAGAGCUGGGUGCAGGGAAGACCAGGGGUGAAGGGGCCACGUCCCCCAUUCUCGCCGGUCCCUCCCUGCAGCUGCCGCAGCGCCAUGAUACAGAUCCACGUGCUGGAGGGGGCGGCUCUGGUGUGGAGCGCGGAGGACGCCCGGGAGAUCCGUGAGCGGUUCCGGCUGGUGGGGACCCUGGUGGGGGCACUGACCCGCAAGCCACGGCAGAACGCCCGCCUGGGCCUCCCCCUGCAGCUGCUCCCCGAGGAGGCCCGGCUGCUUGCUGAGCUGGGCGCAGCCGUCCUGGUGAGGCGCACCGAGACCCAGCCCCCGGCCGAGGGGGAGGAACUGACCCAGGCAUCCCUGGUGGAGGCCUACCAGCGGGAGCUGGAGGAGAGCUACCAAGAGCAGCAGCGCCUGGCUGGGGCAGAGAGGGGGGCCCUGCUGGCCCAGCUGGCCGAGCGCAUUGCCCAGGGCCGAGCCCGCCGCAGAGAGCAGCGUGGGGAGAUGCCAGACACGGUGGAGGAUUCGGGACUCCUGGAUUCGCCCUUCGUCCUGCCCCGCGGCUCCAUGAUGGUCCAGCUGCCCACGGCGCGGUGGCGCCCAGGGCGGGUUGAGCAGGUGGACUGGACCUCCCCUUCCGCGGACUGGCCUCACGCUGGCCGCCCAGCCCACGAGGCCCGGUACCGCGUCUUCCGCGAGCUGUGGGGCAGGGGCUACUACCUGUCCGGAGGAAGCAAGUUUGGGGGAGACUUCCUUGUAUACCCAGGUGACCCCCUGCGGUUCCAUGCCCACUAUAUCGCGCUGUGCUGCCCCCCGGAGGCCCCUCUCCCGCUCCACGCCCUGGUGGCUGCCACCCGCCUGGGCACCAGCGUCAAGAAGACCCUGCUGCUCUGCUCACCAGGCGCGGGCGGCGCCCUCGCCUUCACCUCCCUGCAAUGGAGUGGGCUCCAGUGACACCUGCGGGGACAGCCAGGAACUGGGGGGCACAAUCCGCUCCCAACCAGGCACGGAGCACCCCUCCCCCCGGGGCGCUGCUGGGAGUGUCUGCCAGCCCGGGGCUGAGCAGGGAACAAAGGAUGUUAGCAGAGAGGCAGCAGCAGAACUGGAGGCGUGGGGGAGCCCAGGGCUGCACGUCGGGAGUGAGGGGCACUGGCGGGUGGGUGGGUGGAGGGCACCAAAUAGGAGGGGUUGUGGGUCAGGAAGGCACAGUCCAAGCUGGGAGGUGGGUCGUCCCCCCCCGAUUGACCGAACUCCAGUAGGUUAUGAACUUUUUUUUAAUUAAAACUGAACUUGCCAGAAAAUAAGAUAGUAUGUACUAACCUGCCCCCGCACCCCUUUUGCAGGCAGGGCCCCCUCCCUGCCCAGAGGCAUCCAUGCAGGGGGCAGGGGAGAGAUAGUGGACCCCCGCAAUCUGGGGUUAAAGUGGGAGGGGCAUGGCUGUGCCCCCCCUCCCUGGGGCAAUGGAUGCAAGUUUUUCCCUGCCCCCUCUCUGCAUUUGGGGGCCUGUCUCCCAUCCCCCAACGCCAGGGAUUUGUGCAUUCCCAUGGAGUUAGCUCUCCACCCCCAUCAGUGCACAGUGGCAGCACCCAAAAUAUAUUUGAAGUGAACCAACUCUUCCCCCCCACCCAUGCAGAAUUGGUAGCCUCUGGAGCAAUCCACCUCUCACAAUAGAAUGGGGGUGGUGACCCCCCCAUCCCAAGUAGUAGCAACCAAACUCAGACCAAACCAUGUACAAUUGAGGGGAAAAUUAGCUUGAAAUCAGCCCCCCCAAUAUCCACAUUAGAUGGUAGCUCCCCAAAACAAGUUGCAGAACAGCGCAUUUUCUGGAGGCAUCCCUCUCCCUCCCCCCUAAUGCAGAAUGAAAGGAUGCAGGUCUGGACACCAACCCCCAAAUUCUGACCAAUGGUAGCAGUUGAAAUAGUCCAUCUGUAAGGAAGGAGUGGA